UUUGUGUGCUUCUGGAUCUGUUUCCGGUGCCAAUUCCACCUUCUCGACCCAGAAAUGAGCUGCUUCAAAUGCAGUGCAUGUCGUUACGCCGAGGGUGACUAGUCCGACAGCAGUAAACUUGAUGAAGCGUCUGAAGAAAUCUAUAGGCUUUUGUCCGGAGUAGCGGGUACUUUAGAUUUUGACGACGCAUUCCUGAAUAUGAAUGGUCCAGUGCGUCGCGCUGAGCGUCGCGCAAGUGUCGAGAGAGUCCUUGCUCUGAGCAUCCGAAAGCUGGGUCAACUAGAGCAAGCGCCCACGAUCGACGACUAUGUUGGGCGCUUGAGUCACGGGAUGUGACGCGCGUUAGCGAUCGAGAGUCCGCGUCGCCGCUUGUUCGACUCCUUUCGGUGGCAUCUUUGCCUUGAAACAUCCACUUGCAAGGCAUACUCAUACACAGAUACCCCGUAGUUCCUAUUUAAUUAUGAAGUUCCAGAUAGAUGAUUUACCUAUUGUUUUCCCUUAUGACCGAAUCUAUCCUGAGCAGUAUGCCUACAUGUGUGACCUGAAACGUACUCUCGAUGCCACGGGUCACUGUGUGCUAGAAAUGCCUUCAGGCACUGGGAAAACGGUCUCCCUUUUGUCCUUGAUUGUAUCUUACCAACAGUUUUACCCCACGAAAAGGAAACUUAUAUAUUGCUCGCGGACGGUGCCAGAAAUCGAGAAGGCUCUGGCAGAACUGAAGCGUCUGAUGGAGUAUCGAGUGUCCUGCGCAGAAACUGAGGAACAAAAGGUGAAAGAACAAAGCUUCUACGGCAUCGGCUUGACUAGUCGAAAGAACCUUUGUAUUCAUCCGGAGGUCUCCAAAGAGAAGAAAGGUGUCGUCGUAGAUGCUCGAUGUAGAGACCUCACAAACGCCUCUGUGUGCGAGAGAGGACGGCAAAAUCCUGGCUCCGUUGAGCUAUGUGAAUGGCACGAAAAUCUUGGCGUGCGGGAGCCGGGCAAUCUAAUACCUCCGGGAGUCUACACCCUCGCUGACGUCUUACAGUAUGGUCGAGACAACACCGUCUGUCCCUACUUUCUGGUUCGACGUAUGAUGCCGUUUGUCGAUGUCGUCAUCUAUUCCUUCCAUUAUCUGCUGGACCCCAAAGUUGCUGAGCAAGUAUCCAAGGAACUCUCAAAAGAUGCCAUUGUUGUAUUUGAUGAAGCGCACAAUAUCGACAACGUUUGUAUUGAGUCGCUGAGCAUUGAUCUCACGAGACCCAUGUUAGACUCUGCGGCUCGUAGUGUGGGCCGACUAGGAGACAAAAUUGAAGAGAUUAAGAAAACUGAUGCAUCCAAAUUGCAAGACGAAUACGCUAAGCUAGUUGAGGGCCUACAGGAGGCUGCCGACAACGAAGAUGCUUUCAUGUCAAAUCCCGUCUUACCGGAGGAUCUUCUCAAAGAAGCGAUACCAGGGAACAUACGAAAGGCCGAACAUUUCAUUGCAUUCUUGAAGAGAUUCGUUGAAUAUCUUAAGACCCGAAUGCGGGUAUUGCAUGUGGUGGCAGAAACUCCGUUAUCAUUCCUCCAACAUCUCAAGGACAUCACCUACAUUGAACGGAGACCGCUUCGGUUUUGCGCUGAGCGGUUGCAGUCGUUAGUCCGUACGCUUGAGCUUAGUCGCUUGGACGAAUUCUCUUCAUUACAGAAAGUGGCUACAUUCGCAACACUAGUAGCUACGUAUGAAAAGGGUUUCCUGUUAAUUCUGGAACCGUUCGAGACCGAUGUUGCAACCGUACCUAACCCUAUAUUUCACUUUACAUGUCUCGACCCCUCCAUAGCCAUCAAGCCCGUCUUCGAACGAUUCAGCAGCGUAGUCAUCACUUCGGGAACAAUCUCACCGUUGGAUAUGUACCCAAAGAUGCUCCAAUUCACACCCGUCGUGCAGGAGAGUUACCCCAUGACCCUCACGCGGAACUCUUUCUUGCCUCUCGUCAUUACCCGUGGCAGCGACCAAGUCGCAAUUAGUUCUCGUUUCGAAGUGAGAAACGACCCCGCGGUCGUUCGAAACUUUGGUAGCAUCCUCGUCGAAUAUAGCAAGAUUGUCCCCGAUGGUAUCGUCGCCUUCUUUCCGAGUUAUCUAUACAUGGAGUCUAUUGUGGCAGCUUGGAACGAUAUGGGGAUUUUGAACGAGGUUUGGAAGCACAAAUUGAUCUUCGUGGAGACCCCGGAUGCCAACGAGACCAGUAUAGCUCUUGAGAAUUACAGACGAGCAUGUGAUAAUGGUCGCGGCGCUGUUCUGCUUUCGGUCGCGCGUGGCAAGGUUUCAGAAGGGAUAGAUUUCGAUCAUAACUAUGGCCGCGCUGUCAUCAUGUUCGGAGUUCCAUAUCAGUAUACGGAGAGCCGCAUUCUCAAAGCACGAUUGGAAUACUUACGAGAUGCGUAUCGGAUACGUGAAUCAGAAUUCCUUGGUUUCGACGCCAUGCGUAACGCUGCGCAAUGCGUUGGACGUGUACUACGAGGGAAAACCGACUGGGGUCUGAUGGUGUUUGCCGACAAGCGUUUCGCCCGUGCGGACAAACGUGCCAAAUUACCCAGGUGGAUUAACCAGUACAUCACGGAAACGGCCUCAAAUUUGUCAACCGAUAUGGCUAUCACGCUUUCCAAGUUGUUCAUGCGGACUAUAUCACAGAACCCGAAUGAGAAUCAGACGGGUAUAUCACUGUGGACGAUCGAAGAUAUCGAGAAGGCACAGGCGCAACAGAAGGCACAGCAAGUUCUAGAAGUCGAGCAGAAAAAGGACGACACUAUGGACGAGGACGACGAGUAUGGGGACGGCGGCUUCGACGACGAGAUGCUCGCAGAGCUUGACUUGGAUGUGUAGAUUCAGGAUAGCAGUCUCAUUGCUGAUGUAUAUAUACAGGGUACAGAUAAUUAAUGCUACUGGACUGGACGACAUGGAAUAAUACAGGCACGUUCACCUCGAACAACGCGGACAGGAUCCUGGAAUCUGUGAAAAGGAUGUCAGGUACACGCCUGUAGGACAGAGAAGACGAGAGUACUUGGUGGGUGAUUAUACGCUCGGGUUGUCUGGAAAACCCAAUUAGGCGCCUGUGGACAACGGUGGACACAAGUAAGAAGGUACGAACGUGUAGUAUCUCAAACAGUUGCAGAGAUGUUUAUCUGAGGCCGGGGACCCACAGUUCUUCGGGUGAUGCGAGCUGAGGUAACAGUCGCGGGAUCCACAGUCGAUCGUUGUUUCGCCCGUGAAAGUUAGAUGGCCGCAGCCAUUAGCCUUGAAGAAUCUUAAUUGUCGGUGACACAUCUGCGUGGAAAGAUGGCAGAUUGGCUGUCCCCGAUGAGACUCGAUCGAGGGUAUUCUGAGGGAAAACGGGAGGGCUCACUGCUGGCGCUUUCGACGGUCGGCGGAGGUAGGAGGUAACUGGGGCAAGUGGCAGACGGCUCUUUGAUCGAAGGGCUCUUUGCCUUGAUAGACUCGUGUUACUCUCUACUAGGCUCGGCCCUCCUUGCCUGGAUGAAGCGCGUGCUAGACGCAGAUGGUUCAGUGUUUGCUUUGAGGAGGAAAGUUGGCCCCUCAAGGCCGCCCUUCCUCUUCCAAUUUAUGGGAGAGACGUGAGGUAAACCACGCAGGAAAAUGGAACGGUCCGCAAGCAAUCGAGCCGUAAUAGGGUCCAUGAGGUCCAUCGAAAACGGAACGUCUGACAAGCAUC